CCAAUCUCAUUAUCUCAUCAUGUUAAAGCAAAGAAUAUAACGAUCGUACAGUCAUCGGUCACACCCGACCUCUCCCUUAUCACGCUCCUUAUUCGAGCCAACAAUGGUCACACGUCUUCUACCGUUAAUACACCAUUGACAGAUCGAUUAUUAGUAGUUACUUUUAACACCGGAUUACUGUACACACGAAAAUUUGAGAUUCGAAUUUUAUCUCAGAGGUAUACGGCCAUCAAACACUUGACGGACUAUAUAUAUAAUGGUGUCAAGAUGGUUGAGGCAGAAUACCAAACUAUAAAACUUACAACCAAUAAAUUCAUUGAUAUUUUUCAGGAGGUGUUAGAUAAUCAUACUAUUUCGAACUUAAGUAUGGAUCUUAUUUGGAUUGGUCGUAAGGAAGCAAAAACAACAUUGUCGGCUGAAUACGCCCGUCUACUGGCUACCGGCAGGCCAAGCAGGAUAUUAGCCGAAUACAUGGAAGGACGCAUAACAAAACGAGGUUUAAAAGAUUGGGAGAACAAGGGUCGGAAAGCUUUUGAACAGAUUCGGGAUUAUGUCCAUCAUUAUGUACGUGCCGGUUGCGAAAGGUUGCUUCUAGAAUUAAACGCGUUAGUCGGUUAUAGUAAAUGGCCGCAAAAAUUCCAGGAACUUGGUCUUCUGGAAUCUUUUGUUCACUCUUGCGUGAUUGUCACUGGAUGCUUGAUUUCACGUUUGGAAAAAUUACUUAAUGUUGUUGAUAACGAAUAUACAAAUUUUAUUGAAUUCCAGCAAUGGAUCCAAUUUGAAUUCGAUAGUGUAGCGCUGCUUGAACAAAACGGUAUUCCAGAGGUGCCUCCUAGAAUAGAUAUUCACAAGGUUGCCGCGUAUUUAAAGAACUCUCUCAAUAAGGAAUCUUCGGGUGACUUGGAAGAAUUUUUCGGAACAAGCGAAACAUUUCCACUCAUGUCGCUACCAAACUUUGAAUUCCCACUCGCGCCUCCAACCCAAUAUCGUCCAUUUACAGAGAAGACACCAGCAUAUCCAUACGAUUACCAUAUCGUAAACAAACUUUCCAACUAUCCUCAAACCCUUUGGACCUUUGUCAACGUGUUGACAACUCGAUGUAACGCCCUGUCCUCCUUGACAGCCGAUAAUGUCGCGAAAUCCGUAGUCGCUUAUGAAUAUGUUGAUAUAGUUGAUGGAUUAAUAAGCGGUUCAAUGGACGACCAUCGCACUCAAGGAUUAGGGCAGGAAAGCGAGGAGGUCAAAUACAGAAAUGUAUUCUUGUCCGACGUGAAAAUCGUGAUAGAAAAUUCGAUAACAGUUGAAUACAUAACAUUUUACAUAUCGAAUACAACAAAGUAUGAUUUUUUGCCAACAUUGUGGGUCCUUCGAUUUCCUCUGGAUACUGCGAAGAAAAAAACAUACGCAAAAUCGUUUCGAAAUUCUCCGGGAUUUAGACCUGUGGAGAUAGCCGGUAUUCAAUUGGUAAAUAAUGAGCACCCCGAAGAACAUCUUUCAAUUAAGGAUUUAAAAUUCUUUGAUGAUGAAAGAUUGGACAUGAUUAUU